ACGUUAGACGUCACUGACGAGCAGUCAGUUAACAUCAGUAGUCAGUGUCAAGUGUCAAAAUAGUUCAGCUGAUUUAUGUUUAUUUUAUUUAUGUAAAAAUUGUUUUAUUGCAGUUUAUUUAGCUAAAAAAGAUACUUUGAAAUGAACACCUUACUGAAAAUACAAAUGCUUCGUAAUAGCAUCUACAAUGAGCGUAUUACUCGCCGUAUCCUUCGUGAUACUUGUGAUUGUAAAAAUUUGUCUGAUUCAUACCUGCUGAGACAUUGCCGAGUGAACAGAACGGUUUUUCAUCAAAUAUUAAGAAUACUAGAACCAGUCGUCCCUAAAACACAGCGUUCUACUGGAAUACCAUUCCCGUUAAAGGUUUUGGUCACAUUGUCAUUCCUCGCCAGCGGAUCCCAUCAGAAGUCAGUCGGAAAUGACUUCAAUGUGAACAUAUCCCAGAAAUCUGUCAGCAGAGUCAUAAAAAUUAUCAUAGAAGGACUCAAUAUUGUGCUGGAUAACUGGGUUUUGUUUCCUAGCACUAUGAUUCAAAGAGAAAAGAUUAAAGAAGGGUUUUAUCAAAAAUACAACUUUCCUGAAACUAUUGGAUGCCUUGAUGGAACUUGUGUACAAAUUGUAUGUCCAAGAGAUGAUGAAGAAGCUUUCUAUGACAGAAAAGGACAAUAUUCUAUUCAUGCACAAAUUAUUUGUGAUGCUGACACAAAGAUCAUAGCCAUAUGCUGCAGGUUUGGUGGAGCAGCGAGUAAAGCUUACAUUUGGAAUAAAAUGAACAUCAGGCCCUUCAUUGAAAAUAUAAGUAGGCAAGGGGAACCAGGAUGGCUUAUAGCGGAUUCAAAAUACCCGCAGCGUCCAUGGUUAAUGACGCCUAUAGUGCACGCCCCUCAGGGUUCCCCAGAGGCGCAAUACAAUAACUUCCAUGGCCGCACUAAGAUAUGCAUAGACAGAUGCAUCGGCAAGCUAAAAGGCAGAUGGAAAUGCCUUCAGAAAAGACCCCUACACUAUACUCCCCAAAGGGCCGCUAAAAUCAUAAACGCUUGCGCGGUCCUACACAACCUUUGCAUAAAAGCCGGCUUACAUGACCCAAUACUUUAUACAGAUCCUGGACCAAUGCAACCAUUGGAUGACAUCAUUGAAAUGCCUAAUGACAAUGUCAAUGACUUUUACAUGGGAUUGGAAGUAAGAAGACAGCUCGCCGAGCGAAUCUAUUUCAGUGUUUGAGGCCGUACUGCAUGGUAAAGGAACCUUUUUAUUAAUGUGUGAAGUGAAAGGACCGCACGUCUGCCCGGCCUGCUACGGAAAAUGACGGGGCUUGAAAUCUGUAAGAAUUCAGUGGUAAAUUGUGCCAUGCCACUCUAGCUCGUGGCCCGAGCGCUGUUGAAGAAAGGACCUACAUAUACGAAUAUGAACUAGUAAACAUGUGUUCUUAAAUCACAAUGUAACUAAUCAAAAGACUAAUACGUAAUAAAACAGAAUUAUUUCAUAAACAAUUUUUUCUCAAAACAUUUAUUGGGAUUUGUGCCGAUCUGCAUUUUGUCCUACACGGUAUCACCGCGAACGUGUAGUCACUGUGAUACAAGUAAUAAAAUCCAGACUCAUUUCAUAACAAUAUUUUAU